AAUUACGAUGGGACUUACGAGUACCUUUGCAAUUUUUGGAAUUUUACUUUGUAGUGUGAAAGCAAGCGGCAAUCAGCAAGAUUCAGAUAAACCGACAAAAUGUGAUGAAGAUAUUGCUAAAGUGAUGUGUGAUGAAUUCCAGAGUCAAACUGAGGAUUGUGCCGAUCUUAUGCCUGAAGAUGAACAGCAGUUUUUGAAAAUAUGUUCAGAGGAAAUGGGCCUCUCAACAUCUGACAGCUGGUCUGAUAUUUUUGUUGGCAUUUGUUCUCAAGAUAAUCCUGCUCAGACAUCUUUUGAUCUGGUUUCUUGCUGGGAUGAUAAAAGGAAUGCAACUCUCGACCAGAUACAGGAUGACAAAAUUUACCCAUACGAACAUUUCAUGUGCAAGUUAAACAUUUUCAAAGAAGCUGUAGGAAAAACAGAUUGCUCUUGUAAAACUGAAAAAGGAUUCGACUGCGAUGUUUCUCCAAACGAAGGAACUAAAAUGGGAUAAGAAAUCUUCAAGAAGCAAACAAAAAUAAGCAAGAAUAAAUAAUUCCUCACUAAUUUGAGAUUUUUCUGAGAAAUCACUUAUAAAUAAAUAUGGCCUUCACUUUAUCAAUUGCAAGCUGCUAUUCUCCCAUACUUUGCUAUGCAUUUUAAAUGCAUAUAAUUUAAAUGAGUUUUGCUGCCUAAAUAAGAUAAAAAUAAAUAGUUCCUAAA